AUGAAAAGUGAUUCCAUUGUUACUAGUGAUGAUGAUGAUACUAUUAAUAAGGAAAGUGAUUCCAUUAUUACUAGUGAUGAUGAUGUUACUAUUAAUAAGGAAAGUGAUUAUGUUGUUACUGGUGAUGAUGAUGAUACUAUUAAUAAGGAAAGUGAUUUCAUUGUUACUAGUGAUGACGAUGUUACUAUUAAUAAGGAAAGUGAUUCCGUUGUUACUAGUGACGAUGAUGUUACUAAAGAAACAAAAUUUGAUACAAGAUUCUUGUCCUUUCUUGAAAAAGAUGAUUCAUUCCUCACUCCAUGGAGUUGA